GUCGUGGACAACGUAACACUAGAUUCGCAUAUGGACCAUAUGGUCACUUCUCAGUUCUGACUUGGUCAGGUUAAGACGUGGACAGAGAGCAGUAGCAAUUUUCCUCUUUAUCUACCCGUCUUCUAUGCGGCUCUGCCUUUUCACAGCAACAUCCUUAAACCCUACUCUCUCUCAUCCAAUCCUAAACCCCAAAUUUUGCAAGCAUGCCAUAACUUUUCCCCCCACUAACCAAAAGGUUCAAAACCCAUUAGCCUCUUUUGCUUGCUUCUCUCUCUCUCUCUCUCUCUCUCUCUCUCUCUCUCUCAAUGUUAACUGCUGUUUCAAGGAUGAAAUAUCUAAUAUCCCCACCAUUUGCACCCAUUUCCAAGGCCGCACCUUCUUUCCAUUUCUUCUGUUUACUCUCUAAAUCCAAAUUUCUUUCAUAUCCCAUUACUCUCUCAAAUCCCAUUUCUCUACCCCUUAAACCUCCGGCUAUGCUUUCAAUUUUUCCAAUUCAGAAUCGAUGUAUCCACUCCAAUUCCUCACCCUCUCCCUCCUCUGGCGAGAUUCACGUUAUAGUUGGCCCCAUGUUCGCAGGAAAAACUACCACGCUUCUUCGUCGUAUCCAGUCUGAAGGCAGCAAUGGCAGCUUUCAGGUUGAAAAUAUGCUUCAGUUGGAUAAAACGUUAAAAGGUCUUUGUUUUUCGGGGAGAAUGAGUGAAGCUUUGAGGCUAUUAUGGUGUACGGGAUUCAAAGUCGAUCAUGGUACCUAUGCUCUUCUGUUGCAAGAAUGCAUAUUCAGAAAACAGUAUAGGAAGGGGAAAAGAAUCCAUGCGCAAAUGGUUGUUGUGGGGUAUGUUGCCAAUGAAUAUCUGAAUACUAAGUUGUUGAUUUUGUAUGCAAAGUCUGGGGAUUUAAAGGCUGCAAACGUGUUGUUUGAUAUGGUGGUGGGGAAAAGCUUGAUUUCUUGGAAUGCAAUAAUCGCUGGAUAUGUGCAAAAGGGACAAGAAGAAAUAGGUCUUACAUUUUAUUACAAAAUGAGAGAAAAUGGUUUGACACCAGACCAGUAUACAUUUGCAUCAGUUUUUAGAGCUUGUGCUACUUUAGCGACACUGGAGCAUGGUAAGAAAGCCCAUGGUGUCAUGAUAAAGUGUCGUCUAAGAGAAAAUGUAGUAGUUAACAGUGCCCUCAUAGAUAUGUACUUCAAAUGCAGCAAUCUCUCUGAUGGGCAUAAGGUCUUUAGUAAAUCAUUAAACAGGAAUGUUGUUACCUGGACUUCAUUAAUAUCUGGGUAUGGCCAGCAUGGAAGAGUUGCAGAGGUUUUAGAAUCAUUUCAUAGGAUGAAAGAUGAAGGUUUCGGACCAAAUUAUGUUACUUUUCUUGCAGUUCUUUCCGCUUGUAGUCAUGGAGGUUUGAUUGAUGAAGCUUGGGAUUAUUUCUCAUCAAUGAAAAGAGAUUAUGGAAUCCAGCCCAGAGGGCAACACUAUGCAGCAAUGGUCGAUCUUUUAGGUCGUGCUGGCAGGUUACAAGAGGCUUAUGAGUUUGUACUGGAGGCACCUUGCCAGGAACACUCAGUUGUAUGGGGUGCUUUGCUUGGGGCUUGUAGGAUUCAUGGAGACAUGGACCUGGUAAAUUGUGCAGCUAAGAAGUACUUUGAAUUGGAUCCAGAAAACGCUGGAAAAUAUGUGGUCUUGUCUAAUACAUAUGCCGCAUUUGGGUUCUGGGAUGAUGUUGCAAAGGUUAGGAGUAUGAUGAGAGAUUCAGGAAUAUUGAAGGAACCUGCUUAUAGCAGGAUUGAAGUUCAAGGAGAAGUCCACUGCUUCCUAAUGGGUGAUAAAUCUCAUAGAAAAUCUGAGGAGAUAUGUAGGACAAUUAUCAAAAUGAUGCGCAUUUUAAGAGAUGCUGGCUAUGUUCCUGAUAUAAGUGACCAUUAAUUCAUGAAGAAGACUGAUAUGCUUUACAUUUUAGAUCCAAAAUCUCACCUCUCUUAUUGGCUGAGCUUCCCAUUGCAUUUCUGGGCUCAGGUUGUUAACUUGAGAAAUGUAGCAGUUAUAAAAUCAAACAGGGAUACAAGAUAUGGUUUGGAUUCAAUAGUGACACAUGAUGGGGUGAAACUGCCAUGUAUGGCACUGCCUAAUUUGUCAUCAUUUAGACAAAAAUUUGGCGCUGAUGCAUAUGAGCAGGUGAUAUUAACUCAUGAUGAGUACAUGGUGACAGCUGGAUGUGAUUGGUAUUGACGAAGCACAAUUUUUUGAAGACCUAUAUGAUUUCUGCCGCGAAGCUGCUGAUCAUGAUGGAAAAACUUUAAUAGUUGCUGGUCUAGAUGGUAACUAUUUGAGGAGGAGUUUUGGUUCUGUACUUGAUAUAAUUCCUCU